UGCGGCGAAUGGCGGGGGCCCGGGCGGCGCUGCUGCCGCUGCUCCUGCAGCUCGCGAGGCUGAUCGUGGCUCGGGCCGAAGGCGGCAGAGCUGAACCCAGGGAGCCCUCUGUGCUUGCUGACAUCCAUGACUAUGGGCGGCAGGAACUGGCUCAAUCCUUGGGCCCUGUUGGGGCACCCUGGCGCUCCCUGGAAGAGCGUCUGGGGCAGCUGGAGGCUGAAGUGACAGAGCUCAGAGAACAGAAUAAGGACCUGCAGGAAAGGGUGAGGCGGCUGGAGUCUUGUGAGUGCCGCUCAGCUUCUCCACAGUGUUGGGGGCUGGGGCGCACCUGGCCUGAAGGAGCUCGCUGGGAGCCCGACACCUGUACAGUCUGUGAGUGCCAAGAGGGCACCCCACGCUGUGGCCCCCGCCCCGACCUGCCCCACUGCCGUGGCUGUAGCCACAACGGCCAGGCUCAUGGUAAUGGCGAGACCUUCUCCCAAGAUGCCUGCACCACUUGCCGCUGCCUCGCCGGGGUUGUGCGGUGCCAGAGGUCGGCAUGCUCUGAGCUCAACUGCCUGGAGAGUUACACCCCACCGGGGGAAUGCUGCCCCAUCUGCCGGCCAGGCUGUGAAUAUGAGGGACAGUUUCAUGAAGAAGGGGCCAGCUUCCUGUCCAGCUCUAACCCGUGCCUACAGUGCUCCUGCCUCAGGAGCCUGGUGCACUGUGUGCCUGUGAAGUGCCCACCCAGCCCCUGCUCUAAGCCAGUCUCGAGGCCUGGGCACUGCUGCCCAGCCUGCCCAGCAGGAUGGUGUAAUGGGUGUGGAUGUCCAGGGAGAGCCCCAGGCUGCAUGGAAGGUGAUUCUCACAAGGACCAUGGCCAAGAGUGGACCACUCCUGGGGACCCCUGCCGCAUCUGCCAGUGCCUGGAGGGUCACAUCCGGUGCCGUCAGCGAGAAUGUGCCAGCCUGUGUCCAUACCCUGCCCGGCCCCUCCCAGGCACCUGCUGCCCUGUGUGUGACGGCUGUUUCCUAAAUGGGCGGGAGCACCGCAGCGGGGAGCCUGUAGAUUCCCGAGACCCCUGCUCCAGCUGCCGCUGCGCCAACGGGACUGUCCAGUGUGACCCUCUGCCCUGUCCACCUGCGCCCUGCACACACCCAGGCAGGAGUCCGGGGCAGUGUUGCCCGAUCUGUGAUGCCUGUGAGUACCAGGGACAACAGUAUCGGAGCCAAGAGACCUUCGCCCUCCAAGAGAGCAGUCGCUGCCUCCGCUGCUCCUGUCAGGCUGGUGAGGUCUCCUGUGAGGAGCGGGACUGCCCAGUGGCCCCCUGUGUUCCAUCUGCCUCUGCCCCCCAGCUCUGCUCAGCCUGUGUGCUCCAUGGAGAGGAGUUUGCUGAAGGGGUCCAGUGGGAGCCUGACGGUCAGCCCUGCAUUGCCUGCUCCUGCCGAGAUGGGGUGCCUGUGUGUGAGGCUGUACUCUGCUCUCCAGCCCCCUGCCAACACCCUACCCAGCCCCCUGGUGCCUGCUGUCCCAGCUGUGAGAGCUGCACCUACCAUGGCCAAGUAUAUGCCAACGGGCAGAACUUCACUGAUGUAGCCAGCCCUUGCCAUGCCUGCCACUGUGAAGAUGGGACUGUGAGGUGUUCCUUGGUCAACUGCCCUCCUACAACCUGUGCCAAGCCCCAGAGUGGACCCGGGCAGUGUUGCCCAAAGUGUCCAGAUUGUAUCUUGGAGUCACAGGUGUUUGUGGAUGGCGAGCGUUUCUCUCACCCCAGAGACCCCUGCCAAGAGUGCCAGUGCCGGGAAGGCCAUGCCCACUGCCAGCCACGCCCCUGCCCCAGCGCCCCUUGUGGCCAUCCCCUGCCUGGCACCUGCUGCCGGAACGACUGCAGUGGCUGCGCCUUUGGAGGGAAAGAGUACCCCAACGGAGUGGACUUCCCCCAUCCCUCGGACCCCUGCCGCCUUUGUCACUGUCUGAGCGGCAACGUGCAAUGCCUGGCGCGCCGCUGCCCGCCGCUGUCCUGCCCGGAGCCGGCGCUGCGGCCGGGAGACUGCUGCCCGCGGUGCCCCGCGGUCCCCGCCAGCUGCCCUCAGUCAGGGGACGCGGUCCCCGCUCGCCACCAGGAGCACUUUUUCCCGCCGGGCGACCCCUGCCGCCGAUGCCUGUGCCUCGAUGGCUCCGUAUCCUGCCAGCGGCUGCCCUGCCCGCCCGCGCCCUGUGCCCAUCCGCGCCGGGGCUCCUGCUGUCCUUCCUGCGACGGCUGCUUGUAUCAGGGUAAGGAGUUUGCCAACGGGGAGCGCUUCCAAUCACCCAGCGCCGCCUGCCGCGUGUGCCUGUGCUGGGAGGGCAGCGUUAACUGUGAGCCCAGGGCCUGCGCCCCUGCACAGUGUCCCUUCCCCACCAAGGAUGAUUGCUGCCCUGCCUGUGACGGUUGUGAGUAUCUGGGGGUGUCCUACCUGAGCAGCCAAGAGUUCCGAGACCCCCGGGACUCCUGCAACCUAUGCACCUGCCUUGGAGGCUUCGUGACCUGCAGUCGCCAGCCCUGUGAGCCUCUGAGCUGCAGCCACCCGCUCACUGCACCCGGGCACUGCUGCCCAACCUGCCAGGGAUGCCUGUACCAUGGGGUCACUGCUGCUUCCGGAGAGACCCUUCCCGACCCACUUGACCCUACCUGCUCCAUCUGCACCUGCCAGGAAGGUUCCAUGCGCUGCCAGAAGAAACCAUGCCCCCCAGCUCUCUGCUCACACCCCUCUCCAGGCCCCUGCUUCUGCCCUGUUUGCCACAGUUGCCUUUCCCAGGGCCAGGAGCGCCAAGACGGAGAGGAGUUUGAGGGGCCGGCAGGGAGCUGCGAGCGCUGCCGCUGUCAGGCUGGCCAGCUCAGCUGUGUGCGGCUGCAAUGCCCGCCUCUGCCCUGCCUGCUCCAGGUCACAGAGCCAGGGAGCUGCUGUCCUCGCUGCAGAGGCUGUCUGGCUCAUGGGAAGGAGCACCCUGAAGGCAGCACCUGGGUGCCCCCGGACAGCCCCUGCUCCUCCUGCAUGUGUCAUGAGGGCGUCGUCACCUGCGCCCGCAUCCAGUGCGUCGAUUCCUGUGCCCAGCCCCAUCAGGGGCCCAGUGACUGCUGCCCUCGAUGCUCUGACUGUGAGCACAGAGGCCGGAAGUAUGAACCUGGAGAGAGCUUCCAGCCGGGGCUAGACCCCUGUGAGGUGUGCAUCUGUGAGCUGCAGCCUGAGGGUCCUCCAAGCCUUCGCUGUCACCGUCGGCAAUGUCCCAGCCUGGUGGGCUGCCCACCCAACCAGCUCCUGCCCCCAGGACCCCAACAUUGCUGCCCCACAUGUGCCCAGGCCCUGAGUAACUGCACAGAGGGCCUGCUGGGGUCUGAGUUGACACCCCCAGACCCUUGCUACACCUGCCAAUGCCGGGACCUGACGUGGCUCUGCACUCGCCGGGUCUGUCCUGAGCUUAGCUGCCCCCCGCUGGAGCGGCGCACGCCCCCUGGCGGUUGCUGUCCUGUGUGCAGGGAAUGUGUGGUAGAGCCCAGUGGACGGAGAGCGGCAGACGGAGAAAGCUGGCAGGACCCCAGCAACAAAUGUGUUACCUGCACCUGCCAUCGGGGCCACGUGGAGUGUCACCUGGAAGAGUGCCAGGCACUCUCCUGUCCUCAUGGCUGGCAGAAGGUGCCCAAGGCUGGCAGCUGCUGUGAGCAAUGCCAAGUUCCCUCCCAGCCCUGUGUGCACCUGGGUCGAGAGGUGGCCUCUGGGCAUCGCUGGACCGCAGACGCCUGCACCAGCUGUUCCUGUGUGGCGGGCACUGUGCGCUGCCAGAGCCAGCAGUGCAGGGCGCUCUCAUGUGGCCCGGACGAGGCCCCCGCCCUGAGUCCCGGCAGCUGCUGUCCGCGCUGCUUACCCCGGCCCGCCUCCUGCAUGGCCUUCGGAGACCCCCAUUAUCGCACCUUCGACGGCCGCCUGCUGCACUUCCAGGGCACGUGCACCUACGUGCUGGCCAAGGACUGCCACGGCGGCGGGGACUUCAGUGUGCACGUGACCAAUGACAACAGGGGCCGGAGGGCUGUGGCCUGGACCCAGGAGGUGGCAGUGCUGUUGGGAGACACGACUGUGAGGCUGCUGCAAGGCAAGACAGUCACGGUGAAUGGGCACCCUGUGGCCUUGCCCUUCCUCCAAGAACCACUGCUGUACGUGGAACUGCGGGGCCGCACCGUUAUCCUACACACCCAGCCUGGGCUCCAGGUGCUGUGGGAUGGGCAGUCCCAGGUGGAGGUGAGAGUGCCUGGCUCCUACCGGGGCAAGACCUGUGGGCUCUGUGGGAACUUCAAUGGAUUUGCCCAGGAUGACCUGCAGGGCCCAGAAGGGCUGCUCCUGCCCACCGAGGCUGCACUUGGGAACAGUUGGCAGGUCCCCGAGGGACCAGGACCUGGGCGGCCCUGUUCUGCGGGCCGAGAGGUGGAUCCCUGCCGGACAGCAGGCUACCGUGCUAGGCGUGAGGCCAAUGCCCGGUGCGGGCUGCUGAAGUCUUCACCCUUCCGUCGCUGCCACGCCGUUGUGCCACCCGAACCUUUCUUUGCUGCCUGUGUGUAUGACCUGUGUGCUUGUGGCCCUGGCUCUUCAGCCGAUGCCUGUCUCUGUGACGCCCUGGAGGCCUAUGCCAGCCACUGUCGCCAGGCAGGAGUGACACCAGACUGGAGGGGCCCCACGCUUUGCGUGGUGGGCUGCCCCCUGGACCGUGGCUUUGUGUUCGAUGAGUGUGGACCACCGUGCCCUCGCACUUGUUUCAACCGGCAUGUGCCCCUGGGGGAACUGGCCGCCCACUGUGUGCGGCCCUGCGUCCCAGGCUGCCAGUGCCCUGCGGGCCUGGUGGAGCACGACAGCCACUGCAUCCCGCCUGAGGCCUGUCCUCAAGUCCUGCUCACUGGACACCAGCCGCCCCGCUUGCUGCCUCCUCCCAGCCAGGAGCACACCCGCGCUUCACCUUGAGACAAGUAAACUCACCCCCAUCAAGACUCAUCAGGCCAAAAAGUCAACGCCCGGUGGCUGGAGAGAUGGCUUAGCAGUUAAGGCACUUGCCCGCGAAGCCUAAGGACCCAGGUUCAAUUUUCCCCCGGGACCCACGUAAGCCAGAUGCACAAUGCGGCGCAUGCGUCUGGACUUUG